AUGUAUGUCGGGACGCCGGUGAUAGCUGUGAAUUCGGGAGGACCGACUGAGUCUAUAGUGCACGGUCAAACGGGAUUUUUAGCUGAGCAAACAGCAGAAGAUUUCGCGAAAUACAUGUUCACACUUAUACGAGACGAGCCUCUAAGGAACAAAAUUCGAGAA